AUGUUACCGAUGGGCAGGUACCUUCGCAUCACUGGAUUGAUAUUCGUUUUGAAUUCUAUUUCAAUUGCCUAUGGUCGUCAUCAUUAUAUGAACCCUGAUAUGCCGCCGCUAGCGCAUCAAAACCAACAUAUGUUUGCUAACAAGCAUACUCACGCUGAAGCGGACCACCAAAUGAUUGGUAACAAACGUCCUCGCAGUGAGUUGGAAAAUCCUGCUCAACUGGAUGGACCCCACAGUUUUGUUCGGAAGACAAACAAAAAACGGAAAAUUGUUGAAAAUCCAAAGAUAAUGCUUGUGAUCUGGGGCGCAAAUAAUGAAAUAAUUGAUGAUCCCCACAUCAUGUUGCGACACAUGGAAAAGGGUGAAGGCUUAGUCUCAAAUGCGGAGCAUCUACCGAGAACAGAAUUAACGCCAUUGAUUGACUGUUCUGAAGAUCCACCCGAAAAUGGAAUACCAACAGAACAUUGUCACUACGAUUUGCAUGUUGGAAAUGGUAUUACCAAUAUCACAUUUAGAAAUCCUGAAAUUAAAGGCAAGGUUGAAAUAUCAUACGCGUUAAAUGAGGAAUCUAAACGAAUCAGUUAUAUUGAGGAUAUUGAAAACCUCAAUGUUGCAAAAGAUCAAAGUAGAUUUUUUGUCUACUCAUUGAAAUCAUCAAAUUUAAUUAUUUUAGAUCAUAGUGCACAAAAAGAUUUGCAUCAGAAGCACGAUCCCAAUUCUGAGGAUGUUGAUCAUCGUAACAUUCUUCAUUUAUCCUACCACAAUUUCAAACCUUAUACCUACAUUUAUCACAUUCACGGAAUAAUCUUCUGGCGAGGUUCUGACAAGGAAAAUCAUAGUCCUGUGCCAUUGGUUGCAAACGAGGGAUGUGCACAUGUUGAAUAUGAUAUUGAUCAUGAUCAUUCUUUUGGUAAUAUGCCAUAUGAAUUUUAUUAUGACAAAGUAACCGGAAAUUUCCGAAUCACCAUCAAAAAUGGUUAUGGAUUGGAUCCAUUACGAAAAAAUGAGCAAAAUUACGGUAGCAUCCGUAUAGCCGUGGCAUACAACAAAGAAUCAUUCCGCAUAAAAGAACGACGUGUCUAUACAUUUAAAAUUGCUGACUAUUUACGUGACAGUCAUGAUAAUUUCGAGAAAGCAGCGAAUCAUGCACAUACUGAAAAGAAACCUUCAAGGAUUCUUUAUCUUUGGGCGGAUAAGGAAAAAAUGAAGUACGGACCAUUUCCUCUGCACCAACGUGAAUAUUCGCUUGAAUUCAAAAUAAAAAAUAAUAUGAAUGGGAAUGCGUGCGAUAAGCCAUUCUCAAGCGCCCCGAUGAAUUGGAACAAGUGGCUAAAGAUUAGGGACGAGGAUGAUGGUACGUUCAAUCUCAAAGAUAAUUUUAUUAUCUACAUAAUAAAAUUUUCAGAGGAGAUUUUAAGCGUUGACAGCACAAAAAUAGAACAUCAGUCUGAUGGGGUACUAAUAGCACAAGUCAAAUUGCGUAAGACGAUCGCUGAAGGAUUUCAACUUCACAUUGAUUGUGGUGAAUACAAAGCAGAUUAUGUUAUGAAAUUUAACAAAGUUGCUGAUAAAUCCGACUGGACUACUUUGGAAUCGAAAGUAGAGACAAAUCCUGAGCUUCGUGUCAAAUAUGUGGAUCAGUCUGAUCAGCCGCAAAAAUCUCAGUUUGAACUUCGAUAUAAGUAUUCUGGGCGUGGUGAACAUCCGCUUAUGGAGGAAGAAUUUGGUGUAAACAAUCAAUUGCCAAAUAAUCAAUUGGCUUAUCCUCAAGAUUUUGGCAAAAACAAUAAGAUGUCGAACAAUUCCCCAGCUUAUCCGCAAGGAGAAAACCCAUCACAUUCCUUCAUGAAAGGAAAAACUGGUAGGUUUCAUAAAUAUAUUGACUGGUUAUAUAGUCAGCGCAUCUUGAGUAAAUAA